AUGGAUGAAGAUACCCCACCGGAACCAUUAAGUAUACCAGGGUAUCACUACGAUAAGAAGAAAAAUCGCUAUUACCUGAUAGAUAAUGAACUGAAAAAGAAACUGAAGGAGGAAGAAUUUGAGAGACAAAUAAGCAAUGCCAAGAGAAAAAACCGCCAAACCAAUGUGGAAGAAAAAGAUUUGGUAAUAAAAAAAUUUCACAGGAUACAUGGAAUAAAAGAAAUGAAAAAAAAAAAAAAACACUCCAAUGCACAUAAGUCAAAUGUGAAACAUAACGACAAUCAGGGUUAUAUGUCUUUAGACAAUGAUGCGUGUGCCACAUUUAGUAAAGAAAAAAAUUUAGAGCUAAUUAAUAAUGAGUUAAAUUCUUUAAAAAAAUGCAUUUCAAAAAAUCAUAAUAUUAUUAAUAUUCUGAAGAGCAUCCGGAAUUUCCAUUUUCGGGAAAAUUCCAUUUUGAGUUUGCCCCCCAUUUUUAUUAACGUCGCGUCGUACCAGUAUAUUCACGUGGAAGAUUUGUGCGACCUUCACUCGGAUAAAGCGUCAUCGUUUUGUCAUCCGGGGAGGGGAGGCAUGACAGUGCGUAGUGUGCACCACCCGAAUGUUCAAAAUGGCCUGGAAGCUGUGAGUACUGUCCACAGUAUCAGCAGCUUCAACAAUCAAAUUGAGGACGCGAAUGGCGAGGGCGACGAGAAUGGCACGAGCAACACGAGCAACACGGGCGACACGAGCGAUACGAGCGACACGAAUGAGGAAAACAAGAUGCGCUACGUGCAGGAAGUGUAUAACGCACGAACGUCCCCUUUUCAAAACCCAAAAAGAAAUGACACCAUAGAACUUACCGCCGCCGACAUCAGAUUCUUCAACGUGUGCCAGAAACUGAUAAGUGAAAAUAUGAUAAAAGGCAGGCCAUAUUUGGACAUAAGCAGAAACGAACCUGUUUUUGCGUACCCAAAUUUCAGGAAAGACAGUGCUUGUACUAACUCACCAGAAGAGCAAACGAGAAGUUGCUCUAGUCGAAAGAAGAAAAAUUACUCGAGCAAGAAAAUGCGGCAAAUAAAAAAUGAAAAUCACAUGUCCCCCGGGGGUGAUGGCACAGGGAGUAGCGCCCUGCUUAUUCCAAAGCUAUUCGGACGGACACACGAAAAGGUAAAUGCUCGUAGCAUACAGAAUUUUAAAUCGAAUAUAAUUAUAAAUAGAUACAGGGCCAAUUUUUACUAUUUUUAUCAUAUCCCCAGUCGGACUUACGCUAACAGGCGUAGAAACAAUAGCGGGAGUCCUUUGCGCAUUGGGAGCGGCACCUUUAAUGCUAGCAAUAGCAACAGCACCAGCAACAAUUUCAAUUACAGUUAUAGCCAUGUGCACAGAAAUAGGGAGGAAUAUGACGAAAUAAACGCAACAGUUCAUGUAGAUCAUGAAGUGCUCAGCCGGCCGCUCUCUUCUAUUCAGAACAGUGUCCUACACAAUGGGACAUUUCAAGAAAGAAGUGGACGCAGGUUUCAUGAAUUUAUGCCCGUUAGACACUUAGAUGUAAAUGCGAACGAGACACGGGUUUUAAGAACGUACAAGCCAGCGGAAUCGUUUUUUCACCUAUUCAGUAAUCCGCUUUAUGAAGAUUUUAUUUUUAGUACCACCAAGGAAAAUAACUGUUCCUUCAGCCUGGGAGCUAUUGAUAUGAGGAACUUUAUUCAGAAAGAUAACAAGUCUCCACUGGGAGAUAUGAUUCAUGAAAAUGUGUACUACAAUACGGACACAAAAUAUUUCUGCACGUAUUCUAAGGAGAACACUGAAUUGUUAUGCGUGUCGCCACAAAUAUUAUCUCAUUUUAGCAUUUUCAAUUCGGAAUAUAUUGCCUACUCGUCUUAUCCAAAUAUGAGGGAUGAAAAGAGCUUGCUAUGUAUGUUUAAUAUCUGUUCUUUUUUCCAGCGCGAUCCAAAAAUAGUUACGUACAGUUUUGCGAGCGAAAUUAAUUAUUUUAAGUUGUUUCCAUCAAAGCAAGAUGGCUUUUAUGCACAUGAUGGUGGAAAUACGUGGGACACUGCUAGCCAUACCAUGAAUGAGGAGUAUGCCUACCACCCUGAUAACAAAAUUGAUAAAAUUUUUAUUUGCGGGUCUAACCCCUGCUUCAGUUUUAACGCAAUAAAAAAUGAUGGAGUUCCGUAUUGCAUAUGGGAUAGCAAAAAAUUGAAGGUUCAUGACUUGUUAUGCGUGAGCGACGAUUUACCAUGUUAUGUGCACAACGUUUUAAGCGGAAGUCAGCACCCAUUUAGCAAUUUAAUUGGUGAUUAUGGCUCCCUGAAAAAGGAACGAUCCUUCCACGCGAAAAGGGCGAAAGAAAAACGAAAAGACGAAAUGGGAAAUGAUGAAGAUGGCCACGAAAAUGCGAACCUAAACGAAAGAAGAUCAUCCGUGGAUUAUCAUUACCAAAAUGAUGCACACAAGAAAUGUUAUAAUAAAAGGAAACAUCCUAGUAAAGAUCCAAGUGAGGAAAAUGACGACCUGCACGUAAGCAAACAUGAAACGGCAAGAAAUCGGCAUGACCAUUUUGCAGACAAAUCAAAGCAUCACCUUAACCGCUCGAGUAAGAACAACCACGGGCAAUACGCAUCUGCUGCAAAUAACUCAAAUGAAAAAAUGAGAAACAAACAUAGUGGUGCCACCCCCCAUAACUACUACGUAUCCAAUGCGGCCAAGUACAAUGAUAAUAAAAAAAAAGGAAUAUGUUGUGAAAGUGUGAACAAAUCAAACAACAAUAUUUUUUUGUGCUGCAACACAGAACAUGUAUAUUUGUGUGAUUUGCGAUGUAAUUUUUUAAACACCAUUUCGAAACUGAGGCCGAAUGAAGGGUACGUAAAUAAAAUGCACUCAUUAAGCAACAGCUUUCAGUAUAUAUUAUCAAAAACGAAUAAUCAUAUAGGACUGUACGACAUGCGGUAUGGCCCUUGUAAACAUAACGACGAGACGAAAAGCAGCUUGGUAACCUCUUAUGAUAGAUUUAUAGAUAAUGGUAACCUGAAAAAACACCUGAACGAUUUUUACGUUAUAGACAAUGAACAGUUCCUAGUUUCUCUAGACACAUACACCAAUUCGGUUCAUAUAUAUGACAUUAUGAACACGAAAAAUAGAGUCAUAAAUUUGGAUGGGAAUUCUGAUUAUUCGAUAUACGCGAACAUUCACGCGUACAAUAAUUUGUCAAGGAUACCCUACAUAUAUUCUUCACAUAAGUACGAUGAUGCUUAUUAUCAUUACUACAAAAAAAAAAACUGUGAAACGAAGGCAACCGAAAUUAAGCAUAUGACUCAUUUUUGUCCAAUGAAAACGUACCCACAAAAGGACCUAUUUAUAGGGUUAAAUGUUCAAUCCAUUUUACCCCUUUUUUACGUUAAACAGAAGUAUACCAAGCAUAAUUUCAUCUCCAUAAAUGAAGGUGGCUUUAUUUGUACCAUAAAUGUGUAA